AUGUGGCAGAGUUUUGUUUGUGCAAUGACGGCUGCUGUCGUUCUGCAGGCGCUUGAUCCUUUCCGCUCAGGAAAGCUCGUGCUAUAUCAAGUGAAGUAUAGCACCGGAUGGCAUGGGUUUGAACUUAUCCCCUUUGCUAUUCUUGGGAUAAUAGGAGGUAUCUAUGGGGGCCUCUUCAUCAAGGCCAACAUGAGCGUGGCGAGAUGGAAGAAGUCCACAUCAUGGCUCCCAGGCCCAAUAACGCAAGUCGCUCUUGUAGCUGUGUUGACGGCUCUCAUUAACUACCCUAAUCUUUACAUGAGGGCUCAGUCGUCGGAGCUUGUCUCCAACCUUUUCUCUGAAUGCUCGAAGUUGCUUGAUGACCAGUUUGGUCUUUGCAAGACUGGAGCUGCGACAGCAGGCACCAUCGUACUGCUUCUAUUUGCUGCAGUACUGGGCUUCUUCCUCGCCGCAAUUACCUUUGGUCUGCAGAUACCCGCAGGUAUUAUCUUGCCGUCUAUGGCCAUUGGCGCCUUAACUGGCCGCGCAGUUGGAAUCAUCAUGGAGAUCUGGGUGCAUAAUCAUCCGACUUUCUUCCCAUUUCAGUCCUGCGAACCAGAUAUACCGUGUGUCACCCCCGGGACAUAUGCCAUUGUUGGAGCUGCGGCAACACUUGCAGGCGUGACACGGAUGACAGUCUCCAUUGUCGUCAUCACCUUCGAGCUGACCGGCGCUCUAACCUAUGUGCUGCCUAUCAUGGUUGCUGUUAUGAUAUCCAAAUGGGUCGGCGACGGCUUCUCGAAAAGGGGCAUUUAUGAGUCCUGGAUCCAUUUCAACGAAUACCCCUUCCUCGACAACAGCGAGGAGAUGAUCAUCCCAGACAUCCCCGCAUCCCAGAUCAUGACGAGGAUCGAAGACCUGGUCGUCCUCACUGCUACCGGGCACACAAUAGCUAGUCUUAAGAGCAUCCUGGAGACACACCCCUAUCGGGGUUUCCCAGUUGUCUCUGAUCCAAGAGAAGCCAUUCUACUUGGCUACAUCUCGCGCGCUGAACUGGCGUACAAUCUACACACCUCGACACAACCGCCUCGAUCCCUCCCGCCCGAGACCGAGGCAUUCUUCUCCCAUCAGCCUCUCGCAGAUCCCCGAACCACCCUCGACCUGCGGCCGUGGAUGGAUCAGACGCCAAUAACGCUUCCUUCGCGGUCAAGCAUGCAGCUGGCCGUGAGCUACUUCCAGAAGCUUGGUCUUCGAUACGUGCUGUUCAGUGACAGGGGCGCUCUCCAAGGACUCCUGACCAAGAAGGACGUGUGGUACGUCUUGAACGGAGAGGAAGAAACUCGAAGAACAACCGGAAUUACAAGAGACAUGGGCGUGGAAACUGGCAUCACUAGAGAAGAUGGCGAGGGAGAACAGAGAGGACUCCUACACUCCGAAGAGGGCGAGGAAACUCGAAGCCCGGCGGGAGACGCCGAUUCGAUAUUAUAG